AUUUAGCUGAGCCUUUACUCUCUCUCAACUUUUCAAUUCCCAAAACCAGCCGACCGAUUAUUGAGCCAGCCUCGUUGCCCUAGCUCCUCUCCUCCGUCGAAUCCUCCGACCAAAUCAACGGAUCCGCCGUCGUAACCAAUCCCUCAGAUCGGCGAAACUUCCAACUCGCCGAUCCUCCUGAGCUCAUAUCCCUUAAAUCGGCUCAGAGAUCCAGCGCCGAUCCUCUUUCUCUCUUGGCUGCUGCUUCUGCUUUCCCUCCAAAAAAAUAACAACUUCCCUCUCCCUCGCAACGGUUUUUUUCUCAAAGGAUCGUUUCACAGAGACAAAGAAGCUUGGAAUCAAAUGGAGUGGAAUGUUAACAAUGCAUUCAAAACCUACAAAGAAUUGGAACCUAAAGCUAUGAUGGAUAUGACACUUGUUCCACAUUCUGAUCCCAUUGACAUUGGAUUAGGCUCUUCUGAUAAGGCAAAUUCUGUUCCUCCUAAACGGAAGAAGACUAUGACAUCAGUUUAUCUUAAAUAUUUUGAGACUGCACCAGACAGCAAAACUCGGAAAUGCAAGUUCUGUGGACAAAGCUAUUCCAUUGCCACAGCUACUGGAAAUCUUGGAAGGCAUCUGACUAAUCGGCAUCCAGGCUAUGAUAAGGCAGCAGAUGUUGUCACCAGCUCAUCAGUACCACAGACACCACCGGUUGUUGUUAAACAGUCACAAUCCCAGUCGAAAGCGCCACAACUCGAUUAUGAUCAUCUUAACUGGUUAGUUCUCAAGUGGCUUGCUUUGUCAUCACUUCCUCCCUCUACUGUAGACGAAACAUGGUUGGGAAACUCCUUCAAAUUUCUUAACCCAUCCAUCCAGUUAUGGCCGGCUAAAAAAUAUAAAGCCAUACUUCAUGAGGUUUUCAGAAGUAUGCGGGGAGAUGUAAAGACAUCCUUGGAGCAUAUCCAAUCCAAAGUUUCAGUCACUUUGAGUUUCUGGAAUUCAUAUGAAAACAUUUUUUAUAUGAGCGUAACAGGCCAAUGGAUAGACGAAAAUUGGUCGUCUCAUAGGUUGUUGCUCGACAUAUGUCGGAUUCCUUAUCCCUCUGGGGGUUCUGAGAUCUAUAACUCCCUUUUAAAAGUCCUUAAGAUAUAUGCUAUUGAAGACAGGGUUCUAUGUUGUACACAUGACAACAGCCAAAACGCUAUUCUCGCUUGUCAUAGCCUGAAGGAGUACUUGGAUGCUCAAAAGGUCUUGCCUUUCUGCUACAUUCCCUGUGCCGCUCAAACUCUGAAUGAUAUUAUUGAUGAGGGGUUAGCAACUAUAAAGCCCAUAAUCUCAAAGGUCAGAGAAUUCACACAAGAGUUAAACACGUCCACAGAGCUAUCAGAUGAUUUCAUUCAGUUGACAACAGCUUAUCAAGAAGGCAACUGGAAACUUCCGAUCGAUGCUUCAUCUCGUUGGAGUGGCAAUUACCAGAUGGUCAACAUCUUGUGCAAGGCUAGCAAGUCCUUGGACUCGGUGAUUAGGAAAAACGAGGAUGCUCUAGAGAACAGAAUGAUAUUGAGUUCUGUAGAGAAGAACGCUGUGAAUAUUGUCCACAAUUACUUGGACUUGGAUUCAUUCCACAGGACCACUAACGAUAUGUGCACGAACAAGGAUCUCACGGUUGGUCUAGCACUGCUCUUCAUGGAUAACAUAUCCGAGAUGAUCACGACUUGCCAGAAAUCAUGUCACAACCCAGACUGGCUAAGAACUUGUGCUGAAAGCAUGGCCCAGAAGGCCAGAAGUUACAACACUCAAGUGUGCAACGUGUUCACUUACAUUACAGCCAUUCUUGACCCGCGGAUCAAAACAGAGUACAUUCCAGAGACGAUAAAUCUCGAGAGCUAUAUAGAUGAAGCAAGAAACCAUUUCAUACGUAACUAUUCUUCUACUCAUUUCACAUCUUCCAUGUCUAGCGGGUACCGUCCUCAGGAAAUAGACGAAGGAGGAGCAGGAGGAGGAGGAAAUAUCUCAUUUGCAGAGGAAAUCGCUAGAAGGAAAAGAAGAGGAAGUAUGAGUAACAAUGUUGUUGAUGAACUGACUCAGUACUUAUCAGAGUCUAUAGCUCCGAUGCAGACCGAUGUGUUAGAUUGGUGGAAGGUAAACAGUGGAAGAUACCCGCGACUUUCCAACAUGGCUCGUGAUUUCCUUGCUGUUCAGGCGACUUCCGCUGCACCGGAAGAGAUAUUUUGUGGUAAAGGAGAAGAGAUUGAUAAGCAAAAGUAUUGCAUGCCUCAUGAUAGCACACAAUCUGUAAUUUGUAUCAGAUCAUGGAUUGAAGCUGGUAUGAAACUGAAGUACAAGUGUAGUGAGAUUGACUAUGAACGACUAAUGGAGUUAGCUGCUAACGUGGCUGCUGAUAAUUCUGCUGGAGGUUUAGAAAAGAGUCAACAUAGGUGAGAUUAUUUUUUAGUAUUUGUACUAAAGAACUACUAUAAUUUAGUUGUCGUACUUUUAGCAUGAAUCAUUGAAUUGUAUGUAAUUUUGUAAAGACCUUUUUGUGUUAGAGUUGGUUUGAUGUAAACCAAGCUGGUUAGCUUUCUUCAUAACCGUAUGUGCCUUUCAUAUCAUGUUAGAGGGAAAUAAACACAAUGUUGACUA